ACAAGCCACAACAGAAGCCGUUCCAUCAUGUCUACUUCUGUAGCAAAAGAAGGGAAAAAGAUGAGAUGUACAGUGAUGCUGAAGCCCUCUCGACGGGGCAGCAGCUUGCUCGCCUUGUCCAGCAGACGGAGUUUUACUUUCAGCGGUAACAAAAUUCUGGACAGAAUGGCGGGUCCUACUCCGAGACAAGUUGUUCGGGUGUUUGAUGAGGAAAACAAUGAUGUGACCCCUCAGCCAUUUCACCGGGCAGAUCUCGGAGCAGAGCCAGGCAGCAGGUUCUUGGUGGAUGAACUCUCUGCUGGCUCAACAUCAGACCAGACAACAUUCACUGGGAGCUUCCCUAUGCCUUUUUCAAGAUCAGUUUUGGGUAGCAGCAGGAUAUCCAGCCAGUCAACCAUAGAGUCUGUGAACGAGGAAAUGGAGGAAACAUUUUGCGGACGUGACUUUCCCUUCAACUUACCAGAAUCUUUGUUGCCUGAUGAAAAGAGGAAAAAAGGCUCAGUGAAAGAAGAAAUGACACAAGCUCUGUUGAAAGGGAUUAAAGACAUUUUAAUCACAGAAACAGACACUAUUUCUCUGCUGGACAUUCCCCCCACCUUAGUGUCAAUGAAUGCUGAUGAUGCAGAUGUCAUAAUAGAGAGAAAUAAACAGUAUUCUGAAGUUUGCAGAAACAGAGGAAACAAGGAGAAGUAUGUGGAGCGCGCCAUGCAGACACUGAAUGGAGCAACUAAGAACAAACAGAUUCAGAACAACCUCAUGCUCAUGGUGGACACAGCCAUGAUUGUGUCCGCCUUCAACAUGUAUCCACCUCCAGAGCAGAAAGUGAUGGUUUACAGCCCUGAAAUAAAACAGACCCAUGAUGCAGAGACUACUAUGGACUCCAGGAGAAGUCCAGACAGGAGUCUGUCCCUGACCAGCUCAGCUAGUACAGUUAUUUCCUCCUGCUCACUGAAAGAUGUAGAGACAGUUGGGAGCAGUUUAAACACACUGGUAGACUUUGAGAUCAUCAUGACGUCAGAUAAAUUCCAGUACUCCUUACUUCUAAUGGAGAGGACCAUACUGCGGAACUACUUCCAAAGACAGCUGGCUACUUACAGAGGGCUGCCUUUGCUGGAAGACCCUGAUAGACUGGUGAAACCUAAGGAAGAGGAACAGAGAGAAGCAGAGAUUUCCUGCUCUCCAGCCCUGCAGUGUCUCUGGGUUUUCCGUUGUGAGCUCACCAGAGGCUGUAGGGUCAGUAGCAUGGCCUGGAACAAAAAAGACCCUGACCUCCUUGCUGUAGGUUACGGUGAGACUAACUACAGAGAUCAUGAACCAGGUCUGGUGUGCUGCUGGUCUAUUAAAAACCCAACGUGGCCUGAGCGAAUCAUUAACUGUGACAGCGCUGUAACAACUGUGGAUUUCUCAGAGAACAGCCCUGGGCAGCUGGCUGUGGGGAUGUAUGACGGCAGCAUUGCUAUCCACAAUGUGCAGAGUGCAGAUAAUAAGUCACUUUUCAUCAGCAGCCGUGAAUGUGCCAAAAGACACCUUGGGCCAGUGUGGCAGCUCAGGUGGAACCAACAAGAACUGAGCUUCACUGGAGAGGAGAAAAUUGAAUCUCUGUACUCUGUGGGUGCAGACGGCAGAAUCUGCAAGUGGUUUGUCAUCAAUGGUGGCCUUGACUGUACAGACCUGAUGAAGCUCAAGAAGAUGAAUAAUACCCUGAGAAAGACUGAACAGAACAAGCCAGAGAAGAAAGUAGAGUGUGUGCUGUCUGUUCUUACCCCUGGUCUGUGCUUUGACUUUCAUCCAAGGGACUCCAACAUCUAUUUGACUGGUACCUGGGAAGGUAACAUCCACAAGUGUUCAUGCUCCAACUGUCACCAGUUUCUGGAAACUUACAGGAAACAUUUUUGUCCUGUGAACUGUAUCACAUGGUGUCCUCUCCAUCCUGAUGUGUUCCUAAGCUGCUCCUCUGACUCCACCAUCCAACUCUGGAAGCAGGACUGCAUUAACCCUUUGUUAAGCUUCACCUCCAACCAUCCGGUGGGGGAAGUCAGGUGGUCUCCAAAGCAUGCCACAGUAUUCGGUGCAGUUAACGAAGGGCAGCUUGAGAUUUGGGACCUGAAUUCCAGCUUUUUGGAUCCGGUAAUUGUACAGCCUGCUGCUCCUGGACUGAAGAUGACAUCCCUUCUGUUUGCAUCCCUCACAGACUGUGUUGUAGUAGGAGACAGUGAUGGCCAGGUGACGGCGUACCAGCUGCAGAACUUCCAUGUUGGAGAAAGCAGCCAGAUGGUGGUGAUGGGUGUAGUGAAAGUCAGGAUGAAUGACAUCACCAUACCGAGCAGAGUCUUCAAGGUUCUCCUUCCUCAGUUCAUUGUUCUCCUGUGAUCCAUCUCCUGAUUUCCCUCUGUCUGCGCUCUCAGCUGCUUCCGUUUAUUUCUGAUUAGCUAGACUGGUUUCUUUGUCUCUCUGAGGAUUAGGCUCUUCUGAUUAUUCCAUCAACCUCCCAUUUAAUUACUUGAUUUUCUGCUUUGUCCCUGAGUUACAGCUGGUUUACUUUCUCUGCUGUUUUUGCCUGCUUUGUUGUUACAGUUUAAACAUAUUUUCAA